AUGCACACCUCUAUUCUACUGUGCUACUUGACGCUGGUUGCCCUAGUCAAAAGCUGGCAGCCAUGGCCGGCGCACUGGCUGGACGAUCGCGCUUCUCCUUUGGAUGGCCAAACCCCUUUGUUCACAGAGCAAUGCCAAAUCAGCAACCUGACGGCCUUUGAAAUGGCCAAGGGACGCCAAAUGGUCGACAUCACCACGAAUGCAAUGGAGUCUUUCGAGGCACCCAAAGUCACCCCGCUCAACUCCACCGCCGGGGAACAGUGGGAGUUUGACGGUGUCUCCGAAGACGGGAUGCAGUCCUUUGUCUUCGGCUUCUAUCGCGAUGCCAAUUAUGCCAUUCUGGGGACAGGCAACUUCCGGCUGUCAAUCGAAUUUGCCUUUGCCGACCGCACACGUUUCUACGAGGUGUACUAUCCGUCUCGAUCCGUGGUGGAGCACUGCUCAGUGGGCACCAGGGGCCAAUGGGUGGACGAUGCUGAGGGGUACAGCUUUUCGUUCCAGGUCAACGCAGAUAUGAGUGAGGCCGUUGUAUUCCUCGAUUCUCCUACCGUCAAGGGAUCUGUGAUUAUUAAGUCCCGCUCGCGUCCGUUGACCGCAGAUGGCCAUGUUUGGCCGGCGCAGAAUGCCUCCACAGAGGGAGUCCCCUUCUAUCACUGGUCCGAACCCAUUCCGGCAGGCGACGUCGAUGUGGAGGUGGUCAUCAAGGACAAACCGUUUGUAUUUCGGGGAAUGGGUGGGCAUGAGCGAUUCUGGUCUGCUUUCAGCUGGUUUACCUGUCUCACCCAUCUAAGCGCCGUCCGGGCCAUGUUAGGCCCCUACGUCCUGACCAGCUUCAGUUUCACCUCCAACAUCAACCCAGGUGAGAUGCGACAGUCGGUCGUGCUUUUCAAAGAUGGGCUCCCAGUUUUCCGCAGUACUCUCACGGAGCCUUCAGAUGUUGACGACUACGCCUUGGUGACCAAGACCUACGGGGGCGCCAUCACCGGAACCCUGAAAGAUAAGGUGACCGGAUACCAACUUGAGCUCGUGUCCCCGGGUAAGAUGCAACACUAUACUUUCUUCGUGGAACAUGCGAAUCUGGGGUUCGAGUACAUCCUGGGGGAGGGCGUGGGAGGAAGCGGAUUCUCAGGUCAUUCUCGGGGGGGACAUGUGGGAUUGUCACAGUAUCAAGGGGUUGCGUUGACGGAAUCAUUGACGUUUCCUAAGAACUCCCCACUAUUCCGGAGUAACUACGUGGUCUGA